AUCGAACACAGGUGAUUCUUUACUUUACGUUCAUUCGGGAAACGUGAUAGUUCUACGCUGCUUGUUACUUUCAGUUUCAACCGAGAUAAUGUGAUAUUUAAUACAUUUUGUUAAAUCCCUUUCAAUUAGUGACAAUACCUAGCCUGUCGAAAAAUCAAAAAACAAAGUUACUGUCAAUUAUUCAGUGAAAAAUGAUGAAGAUUAAAGUGACGUUCUUUGUUUGGACCAAUUUGUGUUUAAUCUUUUUUACUGAAUCAAGAAAAACUGUGGAUGUCUUACCUUCAUCUGCUCUAGAUACUCUCAAUGAUAAUGAAAUUUUGAGAAUUUUUGCAAGCAAUAAAUCCAAUGAGUCUGAAGAAUUUUUUUCUUUGAAAAAUCAUAGUGAGAAACCAGAACCUUCUAUUUGGGACUUGCAAUUUCUAUCUGAUGCUGAAGAAUCUGACAUUUAUGAUGAUUUUGUAGAUGACCGUUUUCAAGAGAUAAACCACUUGCUAGAGAUAAUUCCUGAAUUCAGUCUUAAUCAAGGUAAUAUCAGCAAUGAGUGCAGGAAACAUUCAGAGAUAUUUUCACGAGAGCUUCGUAAGAUGAGUCUUUGGGCUCUAAAAAUGUAUGAUGCUACAGCUAAAAUCCCAUCAGGUCUAUUAAGUGGAAAUGUUAAUCAGUUUGGUGACUUUGACGAGUGUCUUAGUGUCAAAGGAAGCCAACAGAUACGUGGACAAUAUUGUUUAGUCUAUCUGAAGCUUGAUGUUGAUCAAACGAGACCCGAUCUCAAGUACAUACAUCGACUCUUACAUUCUCACUAUGCAUUCAGAAGCAAUCUGACAGACCCAGGUCAUAGGGUACCACGAUUUAAUACGAUUCACUGGUCUGUUUGUAUACCAUCGAGCUGUUCGGCCCAUGACGUUGAAAUUGGUCUGAGGACCACACUUGCGAAGUAUAAAAAAACCGGUCUUAACAUAACCAUUAGAGUCGACCGUGAAAUGUGUCAAGUUCACAGAUCCGAGUCACUUCCUCUUAGCACUAUAAUCGUGAGUUUCCUUUUUGCUGGAGUGGUAAUCACUUCUAUUGUGGCUGCUGUUUGCGAACGCUAUUACUUAAACGCUAAUGAGUUUCUACUGUCGUUCUCUCUGACACGAAACUUCCGCAAACUUGUAUCGUUGAAGCGCAGAGAAGAUGACAUCGAAAUUGUCCAUGGCAUUAGAGCUAUUAAUGCUUUGAUGUUAAUAUUAGCACACAAGAGCAUGGCUCUCUUCUUCAACCCUUACGUCAAUAGAACACGAAUGGCUGAGUAUCUAGGUCAGCCUUGGACUGUCUUAGGACGAGCUGCCAGUCUCUAUACGGAUCCCUUUAUUAUGCUCUCUGGUCUUCUUACGUCUUACUCAUUUGUAAAACAAAUAGACAAGUCAGGGAGGAUUGAUGUCAAGACAGAAUACUUGUCGAGAGCAUUACGGUUGAUUCCGACGUUGGGAGCAUUAAUCCUCUUUUGUACCUUUGUUAUGCCAUUCAUUGGAUCUGGACCACAAUGGAACCUAGUCGUUACGCAUCAUGCAGAAAUCUGCAAGAAAACUUGGUGGAGAAAUUUACUGUUUAUUCACAACUACUUUGGAUUUGAAAAAAUGUGCUUAACGCAUACACAUCAUGUUGGCAUUGAUACUCAGCUUUUUGUACUCUCACCAUUAAUGAUAUUGACUUUAUGCAAGUGGCCGAAGUUUGGAGGACUUGUACUCGGACUAUUAGCUACCUUGUCUACAGUAUUGAGAUUUUAUGUAACAUAUUACAAAGAACUCAGCAAUUAUGUUUUCUUCGGAACUUCUAUCAAGCAGCUGUUUGAAACUGCUGAUCUGUCAUAUAUUCUUCCCUCUCACCGAUUGACGGUUUAUGUAAUCGGCAUUUUCAUGGGAUAUUUGCUUAGAAGAUAUCCUAAAGGAUUACAAAUAAACAAGACAGUAGUAAAGUUAGGAUGGAUUUUAUCAUCUCUUGCCGCCCUUGGUGCUUUUUUGGGACCAGCUAAGAUGGGAUCACUUGAUUAUGUCUAUAAUCCAAUUCAUGCAGCUAUGUACAAUGCUUUCGCUCCGAUUGGAUGGUGUGCGAUUUUCGCGUGGAUGAUAUUUGUCUGUCACACAAAUAGUACAAAAGCUUGGCUCUGUAGAUGCUUUUCGUGGAGGGGCUUUCUAGUCAGUACAAGGCUUAGUUAUGCUGUUUAUUUAACGCAAUUUCCAGUCUUUUUCUUCAAUGUGGGUCAAACUCGAACUGCAGAUAAUUAUGACUUCUUCAGAAUGCAGUUUAAUAUUAAUGAAUUCAUAUGGAUUAUCUUAACGGCUGCUAUUUUAACUCUUUUGUUUGAUUCACCAUUCCAGAAUAUUAAAACUUGUUUAUUAAAGAAAAAGCCCCAACCUACAUCAAUUUGUAAAGAAAUAAAAAAUGAAUAGAUUUAACGCCAAUUAUUUAUGUUGUUAGUUUAAUAUUGUA